UAUGUAGGACUGUAGGUGUUCGUCUUCAUCGCUCCACACGUUGCAUUUCAGCUUCUACACUACAUAGCUUUCUCUCUCUCACUCUCCACAACCACGCCGUCUCUCCCCCUCUCUCUCUACCCUACCCGUUUCCUGCCUAAAUCUCCGCUCUCUCGCUCCAAUUCCAGCCCCAUAUUUCCACCCUUCACAAAAUCUGACACUUGCUGCAUUCGGAGAGACCCUCAUUAACAAAUAAAUCAACGUGCACGAGGCGAAUUUAACCAAUCGGAUUUAUUUUUUUAAUUACUGGCUUCGUUGGAAGAAGGGGAUUGAAUCUCGGCGUGUGUGUUUGAAUAGUAUACGUAUCUACCUGUAUAUAUCUAUAUUUAGGUAAUCGGCGUUGGAGAUGAGGAUGGGUGGUGAAAUUGAAGCCUACUGUAAAGAAGAAAACGACAAGGAAGAGAUUGUAGAAGGAAGGGAGGUGGAGGACGAGAAAAUGGUGGCGAAGAUGAGGUAUUCCGCGGCUGCGAUCGGUGGAGGCUUUUCUCCGCCCAAGGCUGUCGUCGUCGGCUACGCCCUAACUUCGAAGAAGACGAAGAGCUUUCUUCAGCCCAAGCUCGAAGGAUUAGCGAGGAACAAAGGAAUUCUAUUUGUGGCUAUUGACCUCAGUAAACCACUUUCAGACCAGGGUCCCUUUGACAUUGUGUUACAUAAGUUAUCUGGAAAAGAAUGGCAAUGCAUACUUGAGGAUUAUCGUAUAACACAUCCUAACGUCACAGUUCUUGAUCCUCCUGAUGCCAUACAGCAUGUGUACAGCCGCCAGUCUAUGCUCCAAGUUGUUGCCGAGCUUAAUCUGACAGACCCGUAUGGAAAAGUGGGUGUACCCGAACAGUUGGUUAUCAAGAAAGAUUCAUCAUCUAUUCCGGAUUCUGUGAAUAUGGCUGGAUUGCGGCUACCGCUGGUGGCAAAGCCGUUAUUUGCAAAGUCACAUGAGCUGUCUCUGGCGUAUGAUGAGUUGUCCCUCCAAAAGCUUGAGCCCCCACUUGUUCUGCAAGAAUUUAUUAAUCAUGGGGGCGUACUCUUCAAAGUUUAUAUUGUUGGAGAAGCAAUAAAGGUACUCAGACGUUUCUCGUUGCCAGAUGUCAGUAAGCGUGAGCUGAAAUCGAGUGCAGGUGUUUAUCGUUUCCCUCGAGUAUCUUGUGCUGCUGCAUCUGCUGAUGAAGCAGACUUGGAUCCUCAUGUUGCCGAGCUCCCUCCAAGACCGUUACUUGAGAGACUGGCUAAAGAACUACGACACCGGCUGGGUCUCCGGUUGUUUAAUUUGGAUAUGAUUCGUGAGCAUGGAACUCGAGACCGUUACUACAUAAUAGACAUUAACUAUUUUCCAGGAUACGGGAAGAUGCCCGAAUAUGAGCAUAUUUUUACAGAUUUCCUUUUGAGCCUGGUUCAAAGCAAAUAAAAUGUCUUAAAACACGAGAAGAGACUUCUGAAAGAUGUAUAAACGAUGCUCGUGCUGCACAAGACCCAAAGCAAAACCAUAUUAAUGGUGUCAUUUGAAGUGCAAAGGAUACUGAAAAUCUGUUCCCUUCCUGACUGAUCCUAGGCGAAGGUUGUCGCUUCAAGGGAAAUCGUCUCGUUGCUUGACGGAAGCCUUGCCCAGUUUCUGUUCAUUUUUUCAUGUGUUUUUCAUACUUUCACCACAUUGUAUGUUUUGUGAUGGGGUGGUAGGUGGUGAUUGUGAGUCUUGAUGCUUAAAUCAAGUAGCCAAUCCCAUCUCCUUUGUAAAUCCUUCUUUUAAAGAAGCAUCAUGUAAAGUCUCUUUAUUGUUAAUUUAGCUUUUCAUCGUCUCA